UUUACCACCCGUUAAUUUUAUCUGUUAAUCAGCCGGAUUUUACCCGUUAAUCAGCCGGUGUUUGACCCGUUUAUCUGCCGGUGUUAGAUCCGUUAAUCAGCCGGGUUUUACCCUUUAGUCUGCCGGUGUUUGACCCAUUAAUCUGCCGGUGUUUGACCCGUUAUUCCGCCGGUUUGUCCCCGUUAUUCCGCCGGUGUGUCCCGGUGUUUGAGCCUGAUGGAGAUCGUCCAUGUCUACACGAAGCUCCGCGGUGAGUUCGGCCGCCAGUGUCACUUCUCUGACCGGCCCGCCGAGCUGCUGCUGGACGUUCCUCCGGAGCCGAGCCUGGCCCCGCACUUCAUCCACAAGACACCCCGAGAUCAGAGCGUGCAGGCCGGCCAGGACAUGUCGGAGCACCAGGUGAACACGGAGCGCUUUGAGACGGACAGCUGUGGGAUCAACCAUGUGGAGGGGGGGUGGCCCAAAGACGUGAACCCUCAGGAGAUGGAACAGACCAUCAGGUUCAGGAAGAAGGUGGAGAAGGACGAGAGCUACAUCAACAGCAUCCUGCAGCUGGGCAGUGUGAUGGAGCACUGCAUCAGGCAGAACAACGCUGUGGACAUCUACCAGGAGUACUUUGAGGACGAGGAGGAGGUGGAGGAGAACCAGGAGCCGCCGUCCGCCAAAACCAUCAACGUGUACAGAGACCCCAACGGCGUGAAGCGGACCGUCUCCGGUCUGUCCUGGCAUCCUGACGGCGGCAGGAAGCUAGCUGCUGCCUACUGCUGCCUCCAGUUCCAGAGGACGCCAAGAGACACCAGCCUGGACUCCUACAUCUGGGACAUCGAGAACCCGAACCGACCAGAGAUGUCCCUGAAGCCGGCGUCCCCCCUGGUCUGUCUGGACUACAACCCCAAAGACCCCCACACCCUGGUGGGGGGCAGCUACAACGGACAGAUCGCGUACUGGGACACCCGAAGAGGCAGCCAGCCGGUGGAGACGUCCUCCGUGGAGCAAAGUCACAGAGACCCCGUCUACAAGACCAUCUGGCUGCAGUCCAAGACCGGGACGGACACGUUCUCUGCCUCCACGGACGGACAGGUCCUGUGGUGGGACGUCCGCCGGUUGUCUGAGCCCACAGAGCGUCUGGUUCUGGACCCGAACCGGGAAGGAAACCUGGACCGAGCUCUAGGAGCCGUCUCUCUGGAGUUUGAGUCCACCAUGCCCACUAAGUUCAUGGUGGGGACGGAGCAGGGCGUGGUGGUGUCCUGUAACCGGAAGGCGAAGACGCCGGCGGAGAAGCUGGUGUGUCUCUACGAGGGACACCAUGGACCGGUCUACGGCCUGCAGAGGAACCCGUUCUUCCCCAAGAACUUCCUCACCGUGGGGGACUGGACGGCUCGCAUCUGGUCCGAGGACAUCAAGGAGUCCUCCAUCAUGUGGACCAGGUACCAGAUGUCCUACCUGAUGGACGCCUGCUGGAGUCCUGUCCGUCCCUCCGUCUUCUUCACCGUUAAAAUGGACGGCGUGUUGGACGUCUGGGACAUCCUGUUCAAACAGAACGACCCCACGCUGAGUGUCAAGGUGUGUGACGACGCCCUGUACAGCCUCCGUCUCCAGGACAACGGGCGGUUGGUGGCGGUCGGGUCCCAGCAGGGCGGCGCCACGCUGCUGGAGCUCUGCUCAGGACUGUCCUCGCUGCAGAAGAACGAGAAGAGUCUGCUGGCUGCUAUGUUUGAGCGUGAGACGAAGCGAGAGAAGAUCCUGGAGGCUCGUCAGCGAGAGAUGAGGCUGAAGGAGCGGAGCCGCUCGGAGCAGAGCCGCGAGGACGAGGCAUCGGGACGGAACCAGGACGGAGACGAGAGUCCAGAUCAGCUGAUCGCUAGAACCGAGAACGACUUCUACGUCGUCACGGAGACGGAGCUGAAGAGGAGGAGGGAGCGGGAGGAGCAGAACAACAAGGAAAAAGACGUCUGUGAAGAAAAGGAAGUGAAAGAAGAAGAAACUCAAUAAAUAAAAAGUUCAUUUAGAACCGAGUCGCUGCAGACAAACUUUGGGUUCUCUCAGAGGAGAGAAAGAGGAAACAGCUGAUCAAAGAGUUUCAAAAUAAGAUAACGGACAAUAUAAAUGAUUAAUGUGAUGUUAAUGAUAAUCUGAACUGAUUACCAGUCUGUUGUUGGGUUCUAUAAUAAAACAUCUGGACUCAAGAACCUUUAUGUGUUCCUUUGAUU